CUUGAGCAUCGCAAGUAACAGAAAAGAGUAGUCUUUCCAGUAACCCAUUUAUGGAUUCGUUGGUGUUUUCAAAGCCUGGUAGAUCCAUAGGUGGACUAACUCUUUGACUUCAUGAGAGGGAAAUAAUUAUUUGGACACUUUCUGGCCGCCAUCGACCCAGGUGGAGAUGUCUGAGGAAAAUCUGGGGGAAGAGUCGGGCAGCUCCCCUGUCUCUCCUGUGGACAGCCUGAGCAACAGCGAGGGGGAGCUGGACAGACAGCCGAAGAGAUGUGGGAGGAAGAGGAGACCGAGCAGGAAAAAUGGGGAGGACUCAGAUAGCCCGACCCCUGGGAAAAGAGGGAAGAAGUCCAGCAGCAGCAGCCCCCAGUCUUUCGAGGAGCUCCAAUCGCAGCGGGUCAUGGCCAACGUCCGGGAGCGACAGAGGACCCAGUCUCUGAACGAGGCUUUCGCAGCUCUGCGGAAAAUUAUCCCCACUUUGCCCUCGGACAAACUCAGCAAAAUACAGACCCUAAAACUUGCAGCCAGAUACAUCGACUUCCUCUGCCAGGUGCUGCAGAGCGACGAGCUGGACUCCAAAAUGUCAAGCUGUAGUUAUGUGGCUCAUGAGAGGCUGAGCUACGCCUUCUCUGUAUGGAGGAUGGAGGGCGCUUGGUCCAUGUCAACAUCUCACUAGCAUUUGGAGAAAUCAUGCCCAAAAUGGUGACUGCUGAAUCUACUUCUCACAUUCUGAAGGGGCAAUCUGGAGUCCAAUGCUGGAUACAGGGGAUCACUUACGACAUCAGAAGUUUUGUACAGAGGCCCGAAAGGGACUCACAGCCGCGUGUGUUAGCUCCAUACACCCCACAUUCUGGUGUGUUUUCCUGUUUUUGACGAUGAAUGUUGAAAAUAUUACUUGGCAUUUGUUUUGUUUUGUUUUGUUUUGUUUUUAAAUGCAUGCAUUUGGACUAAUUUCUGUGGAGGUCAAAGUGCAUUAUUGAAGUCUCAGUUUUGCUUCUUUUAGUGUGUGUGUGUGUGUGUGUGUGUGUGUGUGAGUGAGUGAGUGACAGAGAGACUGUCAAACUGGUGGUGUAGCUCACAUUACAGGCUGACUUUGUGGAUCUAACCUGUGCAAAAAAAAAAAAAAAGGGAAAAAAUAUUUUCAGAAUGCAUUUAUUUAUUUAUUGCUGAAACGUGUUACAUUGGAGAAUAGAUCCUGUGUCUGAAAUAAAUACAUUCCUAUUUUUUA